AUGAUCCAUCUCCAAGACAGAAGUAUCCAGAAUGCCAACAUAGUCUUCUCCUGUGGGGCCAUACUCAUGUUGGUAUCGGGCAUCGUCAUGGAAAACUGGGUGGAAUUAAUUCCCAAACUGAGAAAGGAAAAGAUUACCCACAGUCCAUGGCUGGGUUGCUGUCCUGCUUAUUGGCCUGAAGGUAGCCUGGGGAUAAUCAAAAGCAUGAUGAUGAUGACUCUCAACAUAUCCAUCUAUCUUAACUUGGUCUUAGGUCUUCAGUACACCUCUAUGAUCUCUCAAAAUAAGUGUGUGCACCUCAUUAUUGGCUUCAUGAAUUUCUUCACAGGUUGCCUUUUGUUCUAUGCAGUCUCUACGUAUUAUCACAAGCUAAAUAAAGGUCAAGAUGUAUACUUCGUUAGUUACAAAGUCAAACAGAUCACUUUCACUGUCUACUUAGCCAUCGCACUAUUUCUUACCUGUGGUAUCUUCUGUUUCAUACAAUCCUCAAAUAGAUGUGCCUGCUUACUGAACAGAGAAGGUAGUGGCAAAAAGCUGAAUGGAAAUUCAAUCCAAGUUAUUUCCUUUCCAGAGCGCACCAUAAUGCCUCGGAGCAUUGUCCAUAUGCACUCCACCAUCUCAAAGGAUGGCAGCUCGAACAAGCCACAUGUCCAAACGCGUCGUGUAACCUGGGCUCUAUGA